UCAAAAUAUAAUUCGUGUGAUUAAACUCGUGCCGUGGAUCCGCCGUCAUGGCGCCUUAAAGCAGCGGAGCAAGCGGCGGGUUGGAGCUCGGAUGGUGACCGGAGACAGUGCUCUGUUCCCCGCUGAGCCCACACGGCGGCGGCCACGAUGAGCUCGGAGCACCAGGGCGCCGACGGGUCGCAGGACAGGCCCGACGACAAAGAGCCGAACCCCGGCGUGGACGAGGAGGACGAGGAGGAGGAGGAUGAGGACCUUCCCCGGGAGGAGGAAGAGGACAACCCCCGGGAGGUGGCACCGGCUCGGCCCCGGAGCAGCGAGGAGGGACCGGGGCGAGGGGAACGAGGGGAGCGCGGGUCCCCGGUGUCCCCGGUGCCCGGCGCCCUGGAGCCCCCUGGCCCGCCGAGCAGCGCCCAGCAGCCGGGGAGCAGCAGCCGGACGGACAGCGUGUUCUCCUGGCUCCGGAGCAGGACUAUCAGACGCGGGUUGUUUGUGGACCCGGCCCGGGACAACUUCAGGACAAUGACCAGCUUGUACUGCUCCAUGAACCCGGCCACGGAGUCCGUGAACCUGAGCACCCAGACCCACGGAGCCGUGUUCAACCUGGAGUACUCCCCGGACGGGUCGGUGCUGACGGUGGCCUGCGAGCAGACGGAGGUCCUGCUGUUUGACCCCAUCUCCUCCAAACACAUCAAGACCCUGACGGAGGCCCACGAGGACUGUGUCAACAACAUAAGGUUUCUGGACAAUCGCUUGUUUGCCACCUGCUCCGACGACACCACUAUUGCAUUGUGGGAUCUCCGCAAGCUGAACGCCAAGGUGUGCUCUCUGCACGGCCACGCCAGCUGGGUGAAGAACAUCGAGUACGACACCAACACGCGGCUGCUCGUCACGUCCGGCUUCGACGGCAACGUCAUCACGUGGGACACCAACAGGUUUACAGAGGACGGCUGCCCGCACAAGAAGUUCUUCCACACCCGCUACCUGAUGAGGAUGCGUCUGACGCCCGACUGUUCCAAGAUGCUCAUCUCCACGUCCUCGGGGUAUCUGCUCAUCCUCCACGACCUGGACCUCACUCAGUCGCUGGAGGUCGGCAGCUACCGGAUGCUGCGAGCGCGACGCAACCCCCCCACCUCCGACGGCGGCUCGUCGGGCUCCAGGUCGGCCGGAACUCCUCGCCAGGGAAAUGACUCCAGCAAGAUCCACCCUCACAGAGAAGGACUUUCUCCCCGGAAUAGUCUGGAGGUGUUGACUCCAGAGAUCCCAGGAGAGAGGGACCGAGGGAACUGCAUCACCUCCCUGCAGCUCCACCCGAAAGGCUGGGCGGCGCUCAUCCGCUGCUCCAGCAACAUGGACGACCAGGAGUGGACGUGUGUGUACGAGUUCCAGGACGGAGCGCCCACCCGCCCGCUGGUCUCCCCCCGCUGCUCGCUCCGCCUCACCCACUACAUCGAGGAGGCCAACGUGGGGCGGGGCUACAUCAAGGAGUUGUGCUUCAGCCCGGACGGACGGCUCAUCUGCUCGCCGUACGGCUACGGCGUCCGCCUGCUGGCCUUCGACGAGCGCUGCGGCGAGCUGGUGGACUGCCUGCCCGUCCAGACCAGCUGCCUGAAGGAGAUCCGCUCCAUCUACUCGCACAGCGACGUGGUGCUCACCACCAAGUUCUCCCCCACUCACUGCCAGCUGGCCUCGGGCUGCCUCAGCGGUCGCGUGGCGCUCUACCAGCCCAAGUUCUAGCAUCGGCUGCGGUGAGAGGACGAUGCUCUGCAGACCCGGGUCCAGACGCGCUGAUCAGGAACGAGACCGGGAACGAUUCUGAAGAAGCAUUUAGUGUUUUCCAGGUUUGAUUAGUUUGAUAGUUGCACAAACAAUCUGACAACAAUGCACUUCCCCAAAAUAUUAUAUGUGCAGCUUCAUGUUUCUCUGAUUUUAGACCCUUGUCGUCUAAGAUGCGCAGAAAUGUGUCGUUCAGAACAUUCUGGCCUCUUCAGUAUCAUUCAGUAGGAAUUACACAUCAGAGUAAUUCACAUUUUGUAACAUCUCAAAAUGUAGAAACCCGAAAUUACUAGUUUCCUGAUGUUUGUUUUAAAAAGCUCAGUAGAUCAGCAAAGCAUGCAGGUAUUUCAAAUAGUGCGACACAUCUAAAAGUCACUUUCCUCUGAGGCUCGAUUUGACUUUAAAACACUUAUUUGAACCCUUAAAAAAAAAUACCCAUCCUGAAACUAAUCUGGUUAAAGCAGAUCUCAGAUAAGUUCUUCGAGCGCCUCUGGACUCGGGUCUGCAGCUGUGGAGCCGACUCAGUUUGUUUGGAAAAGGAGAAGAAGAAGACUUUGGCCGUGCCCCCCCCCCACUGA